AUGGCUUCUACAAGAAAAGAUGUUGAUCGGAUUAAAGGUCCAUGGAGCCCCGAAGAAGAUGAGGCGUUGCAGAGAUUAGUCCAAACCUAUGGACCACGAAACUGGUCUCUGAUAAGCAAAUCAAUCCCCGGUCGAUCUGGAAAAUCAUGCAGGUUGCGAUGGUGCAACCAGCUAUCCCCUGAGGUCGAGCACAGACCAUUCAGUGCUGAAGAAGAUGACACAAUCAUCAGGGCCCAUGCUCGUUUCGGCAACAAAUGGGCCACAAUCGCUCGCCUUCUCAUUGGACGCACCGAUAACGCUAUCAAAAACCACUGGAACUCAACCCUCAAGAGAAAAUGCUCCUCUAUGUCUGAUGAUCUAAACGACGACGCUCAACAGCAGCCUCUUAAAAGAUCAGCAAGUCUCGGGGCGGGUUCGGGUCUAUACUUGAACCCGAGCAGCCCAUCUGGAUCCGAUUUGAGCGAUUCAAGUAUACCCGGUGUGAAUUCAUCUCCGGUUUACAGACCGCUAGCCAGAGCGGCCUCUCUUGUCCCACCAAGUUUGUCGAUUGAUGUGUCCUCUCCGACCGUAGAUCCACCAACUUCAUUAUCUCUGUCGCUGCCUGGAUCCAAUACUUGUGACACUCCGGGUUCCGGGUUAGGAUCCGGAUCCCAUGUUGUUAACCCGACACCUAUUGUGCAAACACCUACUGCACCUCCACCAGCUGCAGUGGCUGUGCAGCAACAGGAGCAAGUUCCAGUGGUGCAACAUAAUGGUGAGUUUCGGUAUGAGAGGCAGUUUUUCAGUCCCGAGUUUUUGGCAGUUAUGCAAGAGAUGAUAAGGAAGGAAGUCAGGAACUAUAUGUCUGGGAUUGAGCAAAAUGGGCUGUGUGUGGGAACUGAGGCUAUAAGGAACGCCGUGGUUAAACGAAUUGGGAUUAGCAGAAUCGAGUAG